AUGUUCGACAAUAAGCAUAUAGACAAUGACAGCUUUGAUUAUCUCCGACCUCUUGAGAACGAAGCAAAGGCCGGACGAAUCUAUAUGUUGCCUAAAAUACAUAAAACGGGCAAUCGAGGUCGACCAAUUGUGUCAGCGAAUAGUCAUCCAACUGAAAAGAUAUCAGAAUUUGUAGACCAUCAUCUAAGACCUCACGUGAAAGAACUACCCUCAUUCAUUCAAGAUACAACUGAUUAUCUCAAGAAAAUGGAAAACCUCAAUCCUUUACCAAGCAAUACUAUACUUGCAUCCAUAGACGUGUCUUCUUUAUAUACCAACAUUCCACAAGACGAAGGAAUAGCAGCGUGUGAAGAUGCAUGGACCACUCGUAGUGAAAAAAAGCCUCCUACUGAGUGCCUUGUUACACUUCUGAAACUAGUACUGGAGAAUAACAACUUCCCUUUCAAUGAAAAACACUAUCUCAAGAUAGACGGUACUAGUAUGGGUACAAAAAUUGCCCCGUCAUAUGCCAACAUAUUUAUGGGCCAACUUGAAAAACGCCUCUUGGCUAGUGCUCCAUAUCAGCCUUUAUCAUGGUUCCGAUUCAUGGACGAUAUUGAUUUCAAUUGGAUAGAUUCACAGCAACAUCUCAAUGAAUUUCUAGAACAAUGUAACUCUUUCCACCAUUCAAUAAAAUUUACAUAUGAAUCAUCUAUGGAGAAAAUUAACUUCCUCGAUACUACGAGUUACAUCAAGAACGAAACCAUUAUAACGGACCUUCAUAACAAACGAACGGACAAACAUCAAUUCCUUUCUCCUAAAAGUUGCCACCCUAAACACUGCUCUCGUGGUAUCCCAUUGAUCCAGGCAUUGCGAAUCAAGAGAAUAUGCUCUACUGAAAAUACGAAAAAUUCUAGACUUGGACAACUUCGUAAACAUCUAGUUGUUCGAGGAUACAAUAACAACAUCAUUGAUAGCGCUUUCGAAAGAGCAAACAGAACUAGUCGCCAAGAACUUUUUGAGUACAAAGAUAAGAAUAAAGCAGCUAACAGAACACCCCUUGUACUCACUUACCAUCCUGAUUUUAAAAAUGUGUCAUCCAUUGUUCAGAAGCAUUGGGAAAUUAUAGAAAAUAAAUUUAAAUCUAAAAAAGUUUUUCAUCACCACCAGUCAUGGCCUUCAGAAGACCUAAAAACAUCAGUGACAAAUUAG